AUGGCCAGCUCUAGCUUGCUAUAUUUGGCGUUUGCAUUUAUCAAUCACAUUUCUCUUUUGGCAGCAUGCCAGGAUUAUUUCUGUACAAGUCCAGCCAAUUACACUUCCAAUUCAAUCCAUGAAGCAAAUCUUAAUACCACGCUAUCUUCCUUACACGCCAAGUCUCUCCUCCCCAAUGGAUUUCACAAUGCUAGCACUGGAAUGGGUCGUGACAGAGUUUACGGUCUCUUCCAAUGCAGAGGAGACAUCUCCCCUGACUUUGCCAGAGAUGUGUCAAAGCCAGCUCGGAAGCAAUUGAAAGACUCUGUAUACUCCAAAAGUAUAAGUCCAUUGCUUGUUCAACCCGCUUUAAGAAGUUUGGUGGAAGGGCUUGUUCUACGGGCUUUGUCCUCUGGUAAGUUAUUUGCUACUGGAAAAUUUGAUAACCUCUCGUUCCUCGGCACAGUAUAUGGACUAGUCCAGUGCACCUUGGACAUAACAUCAAAGGAGUGCAGACAAUGCCAAUCUAUACCAAUUGAGGACACAACAGCGUGCUGCUAUGGACGGCAAGGUGGAAGAAUUCUCAAGCCAAGUUGCAGCAUAAGGUAUGGAAGAGUACCUUUCAACAAGUCCAGGCCUGCUCCACUGGCCGCGCCUUCGAGUUUUGGGAUUGGUGAAAAUCUCUCAACAGGGAAGGAAGAGAUCUCAAAGGGGAUAUUGGCUAUUUUUCUUACUUUCGUCUCUGUGCUUCUUGUAUCGGCUUUAUUAGGAUGCCUAUUUGGAGUACAGAGAUCUAGGAAGAAAAGCUAUCAUGCAACAGUGAAGGAAAAAGGAGGUGUUUUUGUAGCUGCAACUCAAUUUGCAAAAGCGCCAUCUUCUUUGAAGUUUGAUCUUGACACAAUUAAAACUGCCACAAAUCAUUUUUCUUGCGAUAACAUGAUUGGUGAGGGUGGAUUUGGCAGAGUUUACAAGGGUAAACUUAAGAAUGGGCAAGUAAUAGCUGUUAAGAGGCUAGCUAUUGGCUCUAGACAAGGUGCAGAAGAAUUUUUAAAUGAAGUCACAUUGUUAGCCAAGCUUCAAGACUGCAAUCUUGUGAGGCUUUUUGGAUUUUGUCUGGAACGAGAGGAGAAAAUUCUUAUCUACGAAUUUGUGCCCAACAAAAGCCUUGACUACUUUCUAUUUGGUUAA